AAUUGUGAUUGCAGAUUCAAAUUUAAAACAUAGUUUUUGAUGCAUUAAUAUAUAGAUUCUGCUAGUAUUCUAUUAUAAACAAAAAGAUUCGGGCGGUAGAAACGGUGAUUCCGAUUGGGAGUAAUAAUUAGUAGACUUUUAAGAAGUUGACGAAACAGGAAACCCGCGUAAUCUACAGUUGGCACCCAUCCAUACAUACAUAAUAACGUAAUUUCGUCUUUACUCUUCAUUAGUUGCGUCAUGGCUGCCACCAUCAAACAAAUGGCUCUCCUUGUUUCGAUCUUCGGUGUCAUCUCUUUCAUACUCGGUGUUGUAGCCGAAAACAAGAAGCCAGGAUCUGGCAUACCAAUAACUGUGAAGAAUGGUGUCACGUGCAAGUACCCGUCUGAUCCAACUGUUGCAUUGGGUUAUCUUUCUGUUGUAUUUCUCGUUGCAUCAACCGUGGUUGGAUAUCUUUCCCUGUUUUACCCUUACAAAGGAAAGUCUGUUCCACAAGGGAUUCUCUUUAAAAACACUAGUUUCUUGGUUUUCUUCAAUGUUGCAUUGUUUUCAGCUGGACUGGCUGCAACUAUGCUGUUAUGGCCAACAAUAACAGAACAGAUUCACCUUACACGCAAAGUACAUCUUGAUGCCGACUAUGCUUGUCCUACAGCUAAAAGUGGACUCCUUGGAGGUGGUGCCUUUUUAUCACUUGAUGCGUGCCUCUUUUGGUUGGUUGCCCUAAUGUUAGCGGACAAUGCCCGGGAGGAUUAUUUCGACGAAGCUAAGGGCGAAAAUAAAAUCUUAACAGACUCUUAUAAUGCAGAUAUAGCCAUAUAAGAACGGAAUUGAAUGGAAGCGUUAAAGCCUGUGUGUUAAUAUAAUAAAGUCGAAGUAGAAACAUCAAACAUCAUACUACAUUGUUAUGCUGUCAUUGUUUCAAUUAUAUGGUGGAAUAUAUGGAUUUAGAUCGAUACUUUACGUGGUUAUUCUCUUUUAUGAAUUUUCAUUGUGGUUCAAGAAGGAACACAUUGUUGUUAAUGAAAUGAAAUAUUGACAUUGACUCUAUUUCUAAAA